GGAAGGCUUCACUAUAUUUACAAACUAUGAGAGUCGGAAGGGACAGGAAAUGAUUCAAAACCCAAAGGCAUCGCUACUUUUCUAUUGGGAUGUCUUCAACAGACAGGUGCGCAUUGAGGGCCGGGUAGAGAAGGUGUCCGAAGCCGAAUCGGUUGAGUACUUCGGGUGUAGGCCUCGCGGGAGUCAGUUGUCGGCGCGAAUCAGUCAACAGAGCCGACCGGUUGAAAGUCGCGAUACACUCGUUGAGCGAUACAAACAGGAAGAGCUCUUAUUUCCAAAAGAUGUGCCAAAACCUCACUUUUGGGGCGGUUUCAGAAUAAUUCCCGAAGUUUUCGAGUUCUGGUGCGGACAGACAGACAGACUACACGAUAGGAUCAGAUUCUUUAGGCCAGAAUCGAGUGAUAGAGUAGACGGAAAGGUGUCUAAAAUGGGCGAAGAGGGCUGGGCUUACGAGAGACUUCAGCCAUAGUUGUCAACAUGUCAUUGACGGUGACAUCCAGGACACUUAUGAAUGAAUUCAUUCCAAAUAUAUUAGCAAAU